CUGUGGGUGAUUGCUAAUCCCUGGCCACCCGCAGCUGCACAGGAGCAGAAGGCCUCUGAAAUCCUCGGCGCCCGCUUGUCAGGGCGCGCCCUGCAGCAUCUGGGCUCGCCUGUGGAUCUCCUUGAGCAGGAUGUUGCUGCAGGAGGCAUCGGACACUCCGCUGUCAGCAAACAUGGAGCCUGGCGGGGGUCAACAUGGGGACAGCUCUUGAACAUUUCUGAGGAAAGAGUUGGCAAGAUGUCUGUGUUCAGGUUUUCUGUAGUUUUGUUUUCAACCUUUAUAGUGACUUUGGCCAACAAGGACUCUGUCGUCUCCUGUCGGUUAAGGGAGAAUUGCGUCCUGCCGUGCAGUUUUCCUCCUGGUGACGAUACUGUCAUCCACUGGAUGCAGGUGUCAUCAAACAAGCUUCAGGUCCACUCCUACUAUCAUAACAUGGACCAGCUGGAGCGCCAGGAUAAGCUUUUCAAGGACAGGACAUCAAUGUCUAGUGAUGAAAUCUCCAGAGGAACCGCCUCGCUCAAGCUGAAAAGGGUGACUUUUGAGGACCAGGGCCGAUACCAAUGCUACACCAGCACCAUUGAAGGCAGCACAGAUUCCUUCAUCGUACUCAACGUAGACGUUCUCAUUCAGAAAGUCGACAUUGAUCGGAGAAAAGACAGGAUCACCUGCAGCUCCGAGGACAUCUAUCCAAAGCCCGAGCUCACCUGGACCACAAACCCUCCAUCCUCUCCCCAGCACACGCUCUCACUCAGUGAGACAGAAGACAAGCUGUACAACAUCAGCAGCUCUCUGAUCGUUUCGAGAAACACCUCAGAUUUGGAUUACACCUGCACAGUUAGGACUCGAGGAAACAAGAAGAGCACCACUUUGUUUAAAACAGAUAAUGUCAGUGUGUCAGGUAGUGAGACAACAAUCCCGUGUAAGGCCCCGACCGCUACGGUCCAGAAAAUAGUUUGGACGUUCGACCACCACGAGAUCAUCCUGAACAGGAGCAGAGCUGAGGACUCGUACAGAUGCUCGGAAAAGUGGGAAAGACAUGUGGAGAAAGUGACAGACACAGGUCUCACGCUGAAAGAUCUAUCAUCGAGCCAGGAGGGCCUGUACACAUGUGAAAUCAGUAGUGACGAGGAAACGUACAUAAAAAUCACUUAUCUUGAAAUUUCAAAAGCUAAACACAUCAUCAUAAUAGGCAGUGUUAUCAGCGCGGUCCUUGGAGUAAUAGUCCUAUCUAUAGGAGUAGUAUGCCUGGUGAAACGCAGCAGAAAGGGAGGCGUCAUCUAACUGGAACUCUGCAGUUCAUGGCCUGGAGGACAUGGAGUCAUCUUGUCCAUGAGGUUCCUGUGCUCAACUUUGUGCGGGUACCUGAUCAAAAAAACUGCUUCAACUACAGCACUUUUUAAUGAUGGAACGUUUCAAUGAAACGCAUCAGUGGCAUAUUUGAAAGUGGGAUGUCGGAGAACAGACAUCGGAGAACAGACUGAGCUUCAAUGUGGAGAUGAAGGAGAGGCUUAAUCCGUCUGCGUUUUCAAACCUGAAAGGAUGUUUUUGGCUUCGUUUGCAUCUGUGUUUGAAAAAUGUUUCGUCUCACCGGACAAUGUGUUUUUUUUAAAUGUCAGGGGUUUGACAAUGCUGCUUAAAACAACAUUCAAAACCUGGAUUUGACAUCAAUUUUCAGGGAGGAUGAGCAAAAUGCUGCGAUCUGGAAGGAUAACGCUGUGGUACUUUGCAGAAACGUGAGCUGGUUCACUGGGAGGCUCGAUUACACUGAAAAAAACCCGGGUUGUGAAAAUCUGACAUACGUUUGAUGCAGCUUGACAGUCUCUUACUCUACUUUAAUUUGGAACUAUUUAUAAAAUACUAAUCAGUGAAAGAUGCACCUUAAAUUUGACCUGGAAUGUAAAAUGUGAAGUAACAACCAAGUCUGAAAGGAAACACUAAAUAGAGCCAAACUUAAUUUUUUGGAUUUAUGUCCACUAACUUUUUUAUUUUGGGAGGGACUUUUUAACUGUUUUGUUAAGGUUGGAUAUCUCAUUAAAGCUGACCAUCUCCUCACAAACCAGCCUUUAAUUUGACAGAAGAACAAAAACACAGAUUUAGCCUUUAAUCGGAGUGAAUGUAUUGUUAUUUUGUGUGGCUAUUUAAUUUUUUCCCAUGGCACUGGGCUCCAGAAAGCGGUUUCUCAUCUUCCUCAUAUCCUGUGAAAAAUGAAAUAUGUGAUCUGUCACAAAAAGUUUUUUUUUUACUUCGUUUUUUUUUGGGUGAAAAAAACCAGCAGAGAUUGUUCUUCCAUACAGCUGAGGUACGAUGUGAACCCAGAAAGGCACUGAAUAAAUAAAUUUUUUUUUUGGACACAACUGAUUGUUUUGGGAAAAUGCAUGAAGUAAAUUGUAAAUACAGAUUAAAAAAAGAAAAUGUUAUAUAUUGAAUAAAGAUUUUUUUUAUCAAAA